AUGGUCAUGGAGUCUACUGAGGAAGCUAUGGGUCUUGCUCAGAAAGGGCAAAAAAGAUCCGAAGCAGAUCCAGAGCGAGUUCGGGAAGAAUUGGACCAACGAGCGGCGGCAGAGUGGGCGCUCUUCGAAGAGGAUGCCGACAACCAACUACAUCCGUCUGAGGUGCAGGGAGUUAAGACAAGUUUAGACCGUCCAGAACCCACACACUCGCCUCAAAAAAAAGAGACAAUUGAAAUCAGCAGCGGUGCAAACGACCAGCCUAAACACUCCACAGAAACCAAUCCGAACUUCGAGACUCAAGGAGCCACACCGCCUGCGCAAAGCUGGGUAGUUUGGAAGACUGCCUCGCAACGUGGACGCCCGCACCGACCACUGGGCAUCAAAGCAACACGGGAUGACGCUAAGCAGCGACAGUCCAAGGCCACGUUCCCACCCGGCAUUGGGGAAACGCAGGUGGAUAAAACUGCCAGCCAUAGAAAGGUCGCACGGACACGGCGGGCUUCAAAGGUCAUCACUCAAAUGGAUUUCCGUGCGUGGACGGAACAAAAUCACGCCGUAGGAGGUUCACAAACUGAGCUACGUGGUGCCAAACGGCCCCGACCUUUAGGAGAUAAAGUUGAGGAAGUCUGCAUCAGACCACGGGCCUCUAAUGCAGAUUUGGCAUCAUCGAAUCAAACAAAAAGGUUACGGUCGAUUAGGCAGCAAAAUAGGGACGAGCAGAUAUCCUCAAAUACAAACAAGGCGGUCCAGCAAGUCUUACCUCCUGCACCAAUCACUGGCCAAAGGGUCGGCUCAGGAACGCAAUUGAUGGCUACCCCAGCUGGUACGGAGGUUACCAUCACUUUCCGAGCUUACGAGCGUGGUGAAUGGAUGACGUUGGCCACUAUACCUGUUGAUGCCUCUGAUCCACACGAAGCGCAAAAGGUCGCCGAUCGCUAUGCGCGAGUAGAGGACCAGAAUGCACGUUUUUAUGACCGUAGCCUCCGAAAGGUUAGCGUUAACCAGUGUGUUCGUGCGGCGAUCGACAGUGGUACUUAUACUGUCCUUAUGAGUCUUGGGAAGGAACUCUAUGUGACCCGGCAGCUGAUAGCUUCGGUCGCAAGGUUAUUCGACGAGGGGUUGCAAACCCCGGGAGUUACAACAGACGAUGAGUUAUAA